AAUAUAAUAGCCAUUAGGGUUUCUUGUUCUUCCUCUGCCUUUUGCUUAAUAUCUCCUUCUUCUCAACACAAAAGUCUGCUUCAUAGAUGGCGUUAUCGAAUGAUAUAGAUUUGUUGAACCCUCCAGCUGAUGUUGAGAAGAGGAAGCACAAGCUUAAGCGUCUUGUUAAGACUCCUAAUUCUUUUUUCAUGGAUGUGAAGUGCAUGGGCUGCUUUAACAUAUCACCUGUGUUUAGCCACUCCCAAACUGCUGUGGUGUGUCAUAAGUGCAAUGCAGUCUUGUGUCAGCCAACUGGUGGUCGGGCUCGGCUUACAGGUGGCCGAGCUCAUGCUUAGCUAGCCGAAGGUUCCUCUUUUGGGAGAAAUAGUGAUUAAUAUUGUUGCAGUCUCUGUUUGGUCAGUGGUUAAGUUUACGGCAACUUUCAGUUUUUUUUCAGUUUGGUAUAUUAUGCCUAAUUUGGACCUUCGGUUCUUGGGAGUUUAGCUUAAGUUUGUUUUGAGUAGACGAUUCUGAAUUGAAAUUUGACCUAUAAAUAGUACAGCUUCUCUCUA